AUGGUACUCGGCUGGCUUGUGCUGCUACGAUGGCUGCCAACGGGGAUAGACACUUUUGCGUUGGUGGGGUUCUACAGCGUCCACAACCCGGGCAGGAUAGCCAACCUCGACGCUAUCCUGACGCAGUACGCGGGGAAGGAAGGGUUGCUGAUCGAGCGCCUCGAGCACAAGUACUCGGCCGACCUGUCUUACGCCAGGCGAGCACCAGCAACGGCACCGAUAACACCGGAAGGGGGGAUUCCACCUCCUGUCCCCGAUGAUGACAAACCUCUGACGGCGAGAUCACAACACCAGCAACAGAAACCACAGGAACCAAGGCCGACAAGCUCGGCGGCAAGAGUUGGAGCAGCCGCCCCGGCGCUGUCCCAAUCCCUCUCAUCGCAGCCCUCGAUUGCCCCCGCCCCAAGACCAACCCGGCAAGCUCUCUCCGCGCACGGGGGAGGAGGAGGAGGAGGGGGGGGGGGGGUUACCCUCUCGCGCUCGCCGGGAUCAGUGGACACUGCCGACAGUAACAGGCCCGGCUUCAGUAGAACCGCAAGUGGAACGGCACAACCAAACGGCGUGGGUCCGUCCACCUCCAACUACAUGACCUACCUCGCGGACCAAAUCAGGUCAAACGUCGAAGGGCUUCUUCCAGCAUCGAACAGCGGUGGGGGAGGCAGCGGGGUGGCGGGAGGGGGUGGUUCCCCGAACUCCGUCUCGCAUGUCCCGACUACCGCAACGGCGGGGGGCAAGAAGCAACUGCCUGCCGAGGUUGAGGGAACAGCAUGGGGCGCGAGGGGAGGACGGGGCGCAGGCACGUACACAGGCGCCGGCGAUGGCAGCAGUAUUAACACCAGCGGCCAUCACCAGUAUACCCCGGGGGAGGUUGACCAUACCCUGACGGCGCGAGUGAGGGCUUUGGAGGAGGAACGCGGGGGGCUGGUUGCAGCUUGUCGGCGGAUGCAGGCGAAGGCGGAAGCGGCGGCGAGGGAAGGGGCCGCCCCAAAAGAACUGCCCGAGGGCGGGCAAAAGAAAAUCUCCGGGUUUGCAGAGCGAGCGAUGGCUGCCGAGAGACGGGCGAGAGGGGCCACGGCAAGGGUGCGGACGCUGGAGUAUGGACAGUCUGCUCUGCAGGCGGAGAAGGAGGCGUCGGAAAGACGCUGCGCUGUGAAGCACGCCCAGCUCCUGUCGGCUAUCGACCUCCAGAUGUCCCUAAGGUCUCAGCUGGAGGGCCUCUUGGAGGUUGUCCCUCCUUCCCCCCUCUCCGGACCCUCUCCGAAGGCGAACGGGUCUGCGUCGUUACCCCGCCAAGAAGCUGCUGGUUCUGCCGUUACCGUUGCUGCUGACUCGAGAGUCGCGUCACUAGAACGACCACCAGACCCUGCUUCGGACGAAGUCGCCCCUGCGGGUCCAGCUCCGGUCGGGGGGCACGCGAGUGGCGGUGACGACGAGAAGGGGGGGGACGAGGGAGGUGGUGGGGGUCUGAACGAGAUCAGAAGGCGUUGUUCCAUGCUGGAGGUUUCGUUGAGAGCCUCGCGAAGGGAGGCGUUGGAGGCGAGGCGAUCGAGGGACUCGGCCGAAACCACGGUGCGGCAGCAGAGCGGGGCUCUCGCAAAGUUACAGGAGCGAGUUUCUGCUCUGGAGGCGUCCCUGGCGAAGGAGCAGGAAGCUGGCCAGGGGGCGUCACAAGCCGCGAGCGGCCUGGAAGCCGAGCUAGAGCUGCGGCUCGGCCAGCUGCGCAAAGCGGAGGCCGAUCUCUCCGACCAGGCGGACGCCAACUCUCGCCUCACGGAGGAGCUGCGGGGAGCGUUGGCCCGCCUCCGCACCGCCUCCACCGCCCGCGCCGCCCUGGUCGACUUCUGCCGGCAGGAGCGCGAGUCGGUCGAGAUGCUCGCGGCGGAGCGGGUCGCCCUCGCCGAGGAGAGCGCGGGCAUGCGAGGGGAGGAUGGCCUCGCCAGGGGCCUGGAGCUAGCGAGGAUGGCGGAAGAGUUGGGGGACAAGAGGGCGGCGGGGCUGGAGCUGGAGGUGGACCGGCUCGGGAAGGCCCUGUUCGCCUCUCGCGCCGAGCUCGCCGGGAGCGAGGCUCGGGUGCAGGGCUUGCGGAGAGAGCUCGAGCGGGCGGCCGAGACCAUCGUUGGCCUCAGCAGGAGCGCUAUCGCCUCCUCCUCCAUCGCUGUAGGGGAAGGGGCGACCGUUCUCUCUCCGCAGGGAGCGGGGGGGCCGGCAGCAGCGGCGGGGACGGGAGGGAAGGGGGGGGGCACCAGGAUUAGUAGUCGGGGAGAUUCUUCGGGUUCCCUACGGGAAGCACAGCCGUCGUUGUUGAUGCGAACUCCGGAAGGGUCAGCAAGCUUCAAGGUCAUCGAGGACUGCGGCAGCGGAGGGGGCGUGGGGGCUGGGGUGCCCGCCGGAGUCGGAGGCGGAGGUUCUAUUCGCAGCCGCUCCCCACCGACCGGGGCAUUUUCGGCGGCGGGAAGGCCAGCGCCCAAAGCACCAGAGUCCAACACGUCGGUGGGGCUGCUGGAUAGCCGAGACGUUUCUAGCGCGAUCGCGGCGGCUGCAGCGGCGACGAGAGAAGUAGUCGGUGGUUCAGCGUCUGGAGAGACAGGGAGACAUAGGAUCCGGAACAGAUCGCCCCGGUAUGGGGGGCAGCAGAAACAGCAGCAGCAGACGGAGAUAGAUGUGGAAUUGUAGUGGAGGGUGACGGCUGUUCCAGCGUUUCGCGGUGUUGUUCCUUUGUCUCGUGUGUUUUCCUUGAGAGUGCUGCGGCGAAAUUCGCGACAUGGCCUGCUCCUCAAGCAGGCAGCCUGUUGACUUUGAGUGCUUGUGGCUCCGUCUUCCCGAUUCCCAGGAGCCCCAUGCCACUUACAGCAGCAGUGCGUGGUCAACCCGGACGAGGCUUCAUUGGCCAUCAUCCCGACCCGUUUGGGCUGUAAAUGAAUUUAUCACAGUCGAAGGGUUAUGCUGCGUAUUGGUCUGCUGGGCUCCACGCGUUCAAACCUAAACCCAGAUCUCCCGGUGAUAUGUUUUGCCUUGUCACAUGGGGGGCUCCUUCCGUGUGUUGGUGCUUUUCAAAGGGCGUACAAUAGCAGAAGACAUCGAAUAGAGCUAUUAGGCCAGCGAAUUGCUUCCUCGGAACCAUUUUUUCUACACGGGUUGCCGAUGAACUUUCCAUGUUUCGCCGGGUCCGGUGGUCACUUGACUUGUUGCCACGUGCGGUGCACGGGACACUACAAUACCAAGAUGCGCCCCCACGACGGUUGAUGGCCUUGCGCGAUGAUAAAUGUACACUUGCGCGUCGCUCUGGAGCGUGUUGUCGACAGUUGCAUUCGAGUAUGCCGAGUGAAUAAAUUCUACACCAAAGUUGGACCCUUUGCAAGGAGGGCAUCGAUUGCUUUUCGCGCCGGGGAUGGCGCCUGCAGUUCUUCUCGCGCUUUGAAUUGCUGCGUCCCGCUAUAGAGAU